CAGGUGUAAACACGAUUGCUUCUUAUAUGGGUCCCUUCCUCAUCACGAACUUCGUUAAUUUUUUAUCGCAAAAAUGUGAUGAUUCUGGUCAUGGGUAUGGACUAUGUCUUGCAUUAAUUUUCUUCUUUGCAAAGACAGUAGAAUCUCUGUUACAAAGACAAUGGUACUUCGGUGCUAACCGGAUCGGUAUUCAAGUCCGAGCAGCUCUUGUGGUAUUAAUCUACAGGAAAUCUCUUUUAAUCAAGCGUGUUGGGCAAAGCAAUGGCAAAGUUGUAAACCUCAUCAAUGUGGAUGCUGAGAGGAUUGGGGACUUCUUCUGGUACAUUCAUGGGAUCUGGUUGCUCCCUGUCCAGGUCUUUCUAGCACUAGUCAUUCUCUAUAGGAACCUGGGCAUGGUUCCGGCCAUUGCAGGACUCCUCACCACAAUUUUGGUGAUGGUUAGCAACACCCCAUUAGCUAAUUUGCAAGAAAAGCUCCAUUCCAACAUCAUGGAAGCAAAGGACUCGAGAAUCAAAUUUACCUCAGAGAUUUUGAAAAGCAUGAAGGUAUUGAAGAUGCAUUUUUGGGAAACCUCCUAUUUGAGAAAGCUCAUGAAACUUAGAGAAAGUGAGAGAAGUUGGUUGAAGCGAUAUCUGUAUAUAUGCUCGGUUGUUGCCUUUCUCUUCUGGGCUUCACCAACCUUAGUCUCAGUCAGCACCUUUGGUGCUUGCAUGCUGGUGGAAGCUCCAUUAACAUCAGGUACUGUCCUCUCAGCUCUAGCCACUUUUCGAAUUCUGCAAGAACCCAUCUACAAUCUCCCAGAGCUAAUCUCAAUGAUUGCUCAAACAAAGGUCUCAAUUGAUCGGAUCCAAAAUUUCAUCAGAGAAGAAGAUCAAAAGACGCUGGAAUGCUGUUCUACUCCAAAAGAAAGUGAUGCUGCAAUCGAGAUUGAGACAGGGGAGUACACUUGGGAAACUGGUGACACAGUUUCGACAAAGCCAACAAUCAAAAUUUCCCAGAGGAUGAAAAUCAUGAAAGGUGAUAAGGUUGCUGUUUGUGGUUCUGUAGGUUCAGGGAAAUCAAGCCUAUUGUCUAGUAUACUAGGAGAGAUUCCAAGGAUUACAGGGGAGGGAAUCCAGGUGCACGGAUCAAUGGCUUAUGUCCCACAAAGUGCUUGGAUUCAGACAGGUACCAUUAGAGAGAAUGUGUUGUUUGGUAAGGAAAUGGAGAGAAGUUUCUAUGAGAAUGUUGUAGAAGGAUGUGCCUUAAAUAGAGAUAUUAAAAUGUGGAGUGAUGGAGAUCUGUGUAUGGUAGGAGAAAGGGGAGUGAAUCUGAGUGGAGGGCAGAAGCAAAGGAUUCAGCUGGCCAGGGCCCUCUACAGUGAUUCUGACAUUUAUUUACUAGAUGAUCCUUUCAGCGCUGUAGAUGCACAUACAGGAGCACAUCUGUUCAAGGAAUGUCUAAUGCGAAUCCUGUCUCGGAAGACUGUCAUUUAUAUUACCCAUCAAUUGGAAUUCUUGCAUGCUUCAGACCUUGUUCUUGUAAUGAAAGAUGGAAAGAUUGUUCAGUCAGGGAAAUAUGAAGACCUGAUUGCAGAUCCUGAUGGUGAGCUUGUGAAACAAAUGGCUGCCCAUAGCAGAUCAGUAAGCCAAGUUACCUCACCCCAAGCACAGAGCUUCUUAACUUGCAAAUCCCAUGAUAGGAAUCAAAUGGAAGUCAUAGAGGAAACAAGGGAUGAGUCCAACAGCAACAGAAAACUUUCAAAUGAAGUUUCUGAUGUAGAAACAGAAUCUGGGCGAGUGAAAUGGAAUGUUUACCUAACUUUUGUGACUUGUGCAUAUAAAGGAGCUCUUGUUCCUGUCAUAAUUUUUUGCCAAGUUUUAUUCCAGGGAUUACAAAUUGGAAGCAAUUACUGGAUAGCUUGGGCGACUGAAGCCAGGGUGAGUAACAAGAAAUUGAUAGGGGUGUACAUUUUGAUGUCUGGUGGCAGUUCUCUGUUCAUCUUGGUUUCUGGCAAGAUCAAGAUCGGAAUCAAUGGAUUUGGAAGGAUCGGUCGUUUGGUUGCCAGAGUCGCUCUUCAGAGGGACGAUAUUGAGCUCGUAGCUGUUAACGAUCCCUUCGUCACGACUGAUUACAUGACCUACAUGUUCAAAUAUGAUAGUGUCCACGGCCAAUGGAACCAUCACGACAUCAAGGUCAAGGACUCGAAGACCCUUCUCUUUGGUGAGAAGCCAGUGACGGUUUUCGGUGUCAGGAACCCUGAGGAGAUCCCCUGGGGUGAGAGUGGUGCUGAGUUUGUCGUUGAGUCAACCGGAGUGUUCACCGACAAGGACAAGGCUGCUGCCCACUUGAAGGGUGGUGCCAAAAAGGUCAUCAUUUCUGCUCCAAGCAAGGAUGCCCCCAUGUUUGUUGUGGGAGUCAAUGAGAAUGAAUACAAGUCUGAUAUCGAUAUUGUCUCCAAUGCUGGCUGCACCACAAACUGUCUUGCUCCCCUUGCCAAGGUUAUCAAUGACCGAUUUGGCAUUGUUGAGGGUCUCAUGACCGUUGUCCACUCUAUCACAGCCACUCAGAAGACUGUUGAUGGGCCAUCAAGUAAGGACUGGAGAAGAGGAAGAGCUGCUUCCUUCAACAUCAUCCCUAGCAGCACUGGAGCUGCCAAGGCUGUUGGAAAGGUUCUGCCACAAUUGAACGGGAAAUUGACUGGAAUGGCCUUCCGUGUUCCCAUUGUUGAUGUCUCGGUGGUGGAUCUCACAGUGAGGCUCGAGAAGGGUGCAAGCUAUGAGAAGAUCAAAGCUGCCAUCAAGGAGGAGUCGGAGGGUAAACUGAAGGGAAUCUUAGGAUACACCGAAGAUGAUGUUGUUUCCACUGACUUUAUUGGUGAUAGCAGGUGAAGCAUCUUUGAUGCCAAGGCUGGGAUUGCUCUGAACGACAACUUCGUGAAGCUGGUCUCUUGGUACGACAAUGAG